UCAGUACACGCCACGGCAUUGCUCUGUGCUAAUGUGUUUCUUUUUUUUUUGUUUCAUUUUCUCGUUUUAAACAAUAUUUUUGUUACCAAAGUUUUUAAUUAAUUGUUGUUUUUUUUUUUUUAUUGUUUCGUUUAAAAUACAAGUGGAUUUUUUUUUAAUUACGAUCAUGAUUUAAUAAAGUUAAUUAAUAAAUAACAAUCAAAGGAGAUUAUAAAUUUAUACUUUAGUUCAAUUAAUAUAUAAAAUUGAUAUGCGAAUAUUCGUGGAGCAGAAAAUUCUUAUAACUGUGGAUAAAAAUAAAGAAAAUAAAUGAUAAUGAUAUAAUGAUUUGUGAUAAAAAAUAAAAUGUAAAUUAGAUAUAUGUUAUACAUUCCGGAAAGUCAUUGAUAAAUAUUUGAAUGAGUUUAAUUUAUCAACUUAAUGAAACGGUGUGUCGGCUGUUGUGUUAUAUAGUUGCGACUGUGAUCUUUAAUCAAAAGUUACCUUGAUAAUUAUAAUACAAUAAGAAAUUGAUUUAUAUAUAUAUAUAUAUAUAUAUAUGUCUGUAAUAUUGAUGUUACACCAAUAUUAAUGAAGAAUUACAAUGGAUGCUACUAAAGCAACGAUUAAUCCAAAUCCACGUGAAAAAGCAAACAUUUUUUCAGUUUUACUUUGGACAUGGACAGUAAAGCUUUUUAGAACUGGGUAUUCGAAAGUUUUGAGUCCAGAAGAUCUGUUUAAUCCGCUCAAGAACGAUCGAUCGAGUGUCCUUGGAGAUCGAUUAGAAAAACAAUGGAAUUCAGAAUUAGAAAACGCAAGGAAAUCCAAACGCCGUCCGAAUUUUUUGAAGACUAUUUUUCGCUGUUUUUCAAUGGAGUAUUUUUUGUACGGAAUACUGCACAUCUUCAAUGAAUUUAUUAUUCGUCUAGGAACCCCACUACUUUUAGGAAGACUUUUACGUUACUUUAGAGAAACUGGAGAUGUUGAAUACAAUGAUGCAUUGAUGUAUGCUGGUGGUAUUUGUCUAGCUACUGGAAUCAAUGCUAUCACAUUAAAUCAAUCAAUUUUCGGAGCAUUUCAUGUUGGUGGUAAAAUACGUAUUGCCGUGUGUUCAGUUGUUUAUCGUAAGGCAUUGCGCUUAAGUACAACAGCACUAGGCGAAACAGCACCAGGAAAAAUAGUUAAUUUAGUAGCGAAUGAUGUAAACCGAUUUGAUCUUGUGUCAAUUUUCCUUCAUCACAUGUGGUCAGCGCCACUUACAACACUAAUAAUCGGUUAUUUUCUAUAUACAGAAGCUGGAUACGCUGGCAUAUUCGGUAUUGGCGCAGUAUUUAUUGUCGUGCCAAUCCAGUCAUAUACUGGUAAAUUAUCAUCAAAGUUUCGUUUACAAACGGCGAUUAAAACUGACGAACGUGUGCGUUUAAUGGACGAAAUAAUAUCCGGUGUACAGGUUAUAAAAAUGUACGCAUGGGAAAAACCAUUUUGUGCAAUGAUAGCUUUGGCGCGCAAACUAGAACUCAAAGUUGUACAAAAAAAUUCUUGGAUUCGCGGUAUUUUUAUGACAUUUAAUUUAUUUACGACUCGUGUUGCCAUUUAUUGUACACUUGUCGGUAUGUUAUUUUUCGGGCAACAAUUAUCGGCUGAAAAAGCAUUUGUAUUUUCGUCAUUGUUUAAUAUCUUAUCGCAUACAAUGUCAGCGAUGUUUGUUCGAGGUGUUUCUGAAAUAGCCGAAUGUGUUGUAGCUGUACGUAGGUUACAAUAUUUUCUAAUGCGCGAUGAAGUUGAAAAUGUAAAUCGUACUGUCUACUUAGGAAGAUUAUCAGUAGAUAAUGUUAAUACUAAAAUCAGUAAUAAAUUAUCAGCAUCGACAAAGUCUGAUUUACCUUACAUUGAUGAUGAAAGCAAUGAUCUGUCUUAUGAUUCAGAUAUCAAUGAUACUAAAUCAUUGAAAAACAAUGGGCCAGCCAGCGUUGCACUAGACGUUGCUAAAAAUAUAGCAUCACUUACAGCAAGUCAUCAUUACAAUAAUAGUAAAAUAAGUUCAUGGGCUGUUAAGCUCACAAAUGUAACAACUAAAUGGAAAAUAAGUAGCCAAGAAAAUACAUUGCAAGACCUAAAUUUCAAAUUAGAACGUGGUAAACUUUAUGCAAUCAUUGGGUCAGUAGGUUCGGGCAAAAGUUCAUUGAUAUCAGCAAUACUGGGCGAAUUACCAUUGAUCCAAGGAAAUGUUGAACUAAAAGGGGAGCUAAGUUACGUAGCUCAAGAAGCCUGGGUAUUUGGUUCAUCUGUACGUCAGAAUAUUAUUUUUGGACAACCGUAUGAUCGGCAACGUUAUCAAAAAGUCGUUAAAGCUUGUGCGUUGCUGAGCGAUUUCAAACAAUUUCCGCAAGGUGAUCAGACGAUUGUUGGUGAACGUGGUAGCUCACUGUCAGGAGGACAGAAAGCGCGAAUAAAUUUAGCCCGUGCUGUGUAUCGGCAUGUAGAUAUUUAUAUUCUUGACGAUCCAUUGAGUGCAGUGGAUACCCACGUGGGCAAACAUUUAUUCGAAGAGUGUAUUCAGUAUUACUUAGCUGGUAAAACGCGUAUAUUAGCAACUCAUCAGUUACAAUAUAUAAAGAGCGUUGACGGUAUUCUACUAAUGGAACACGGCACCGUUCGGAUGUUUGGUAAUUACGUUGAUUUGUUAGCAGCAUGUCCAGAGUACGGAACUCUAUUGGCAUCUGAUACUAUGAGCGAAAAUGAUGAUUCCUUAUCAUUGUCUGCAGAAAAAACAUCAAUGCGACGCCAAUGGUCGAGUGCAAGCAAUCGCAGUCGCACACCAGAUCCAUCUGGCGGUGACAGUGAGGCCGAAGAUGAUGAUGAAGAAAACCCUGUUAUGAGUAACAUUGAAGGUACAUCCCGCGGUGUUAUCAAAGGCUCGAUAUUUGUUAAAUAUUUUACGUCAGGGGCUAAUUUAUGUUUUAUAAUAAUUGUUGGUAUAUUAUUUAUAUUAACGCAAUUUGUUGCUAGUCUUAAUGAUUACUUUGUACCGAUUCUUGUUAACGAAGAAGAAAAACGUUAUGCUGAUGAUUUUUCUGAGCAUAAUAAUAAUAUUAGUAAUAAAAAUGCGACAGUUGAUUAUCAUUAUGAUAUAACUCCGGCUUAUUCUUACAUUUAUAUUUAUACAGGUCUUGUAUUAUCAGUAUUUGUAAUCGGUAUAACAAGAUCUUUGUUAUUUUACAUAUCAUGCGUUAGAGCGAGUCAAAAAUUACAUGAUCGUUCAUUUGAAGCCUUAAUUAGAACGAGUAUGCGUUUUUUUGACACUAAUCCAAGUGGUAGAAUAUUAAAUCGCUUUUCAAAAGAUAUGGGUGCGAUCGAUGAAUUAUUACCGAAAGCGUUACUUGAUGCCGGGCAAAUUACAAUGAUGAUGGUUGGGUCAUUAAUGAUAAUAUGUAUCAUUGACCCGAGAUUUUUAGUGCCACUCAUUAUCAUUGCAUUUAUAUUUUAUUGGAUAAGAAAAGUUUAUUUGAAAACAAGUAAAAAUGUAAAGCGCCUUGAAGGUAUGAUGAGAUCUCCAGUAUUCACUCAUUUAAAUGCAACACUCAAUGGUCUAUCAACAAUACGCGCUUAUGGCGCCCAAAAUAUAUUGAAAGCUGAGUUUGAUAAUUUUCAAGAUUCACACAGUUCUUCCUGGUACAUGUUCAUUUCAACAAGUACAGCAUUUGGGUUUUCGUUAGAUGUAUUUUGUUUUAUAUUUAUGGCAAUCGUUACUUUUAGUUUUGUCUUAAUUGACACCGGCAUAUCUGGUGCUGAAGUCGGCUUGGCAAUAACGACAGUCAUGUCAAUGACCGGCAUGAUACAAUGGGGAAUGCGUCAAAGUGCUGAAGUUACUAAUCAAUUGAUGUCAGUUGAACGUGUACUUGAAUAUACACUAUUGCCCCCAGAAGAUAACGUCUUUGAUGACAAACAAACGACGAAAAAAUUGAAGCCAAAGAAGAAGAAAGGAGUUAAUGGUAGAGAAGAAAUGAAAAGUGUCAGCCAUCCGCCAGCGUCUUGGCCCACUGAAGGAUGCAUUAAAUUUCAUCAUGUUUUCAUGCGUUAUGCGGAAGAAGAUCCGCCAGUUCUUAAGGAUUUGAAUAUCAUCAUCAGAGCUAAAGAAAAAGUGGGUGUCGUUGGUAGAACAGGUGCUGGUAAAUCGUCACUUAUUUCUGCGCUCUUUAGAUUGGCUAGAGUUGAAGGUGUAGUUGAAAUUGAUGGUAUUGACACAGGUUCUAUUUACCUUGAAGAUUUGCGUCGUAAUAUAUCGAUAAUACCACAAGAUCCGGUGCUAUUUUCUGGAACACUCCGUAAAAAUUUAGAUCCAUUUGGUGAAUAUACAGAUAACGCAUUAUGGUCUGCAUUGGAAGAAGUUGAGUUGAAGGAUCCCUUCGCGAUGAUCGAUGGAUUAGAUUCACGAGUUUUUGAUCGUGGCACUAAUUUUAGUGCUGGUCAACGUCAAUUAGUUUGUUUAGCACGUGCUAUUUUACGUAACAAUAAAAUUCUUAUGUUAGAUGAAGCUACGGCGAAUGUUGAUCCACAUACUGAUGGUCUUAUUCAACGUACGAUUAGAACUAAAUUUGCUGAAUGCACUGUAAUGACAGUCGCACAUCGGCUUAAUACUAUUAUGGACAGUGAUAAAGUUUUGGUUAUGGAAAAAGGACGCAUGGUUGAAUUUGAUCAUCCUUACGUCUUAUUGAAAAACGAUCACGGUCAUUUUACGUCAUUGGUUAAACAAACAGGACGUGCGAUGACUGAUCAGUUGAUACGCAUUGCGAAACAAGCGUACAAUAAUCAACUUAAAACAUAAAUAUAAUAUAUUUUGUUUUAAUAAUUAGGUAUUAUUUUUAUUUAUAUUAUUUAUUUAAAUGUACAUUUUUUAGGUGUAAUAUACGACCCCGAGCUAUGAAUGAUUUCGAGCGUAAAAUUUAAAGUGUUCGGAAAAAAAAAAUAUUCUAUAAAAGACUAAUAUUAAGUAUUUAAUCAAAAUGUUUUAACGGCGCCAAAAUAUACAAUUAAUUUUUUUUAUGAGGAUUUACAAAUAUAUGAACUAUACUUAAUAGAUUAUUUCUCAAUUGGAAAAUUAUAAACAUAUAUUUUUUGAAAAAGUCUAACUAAUAAGUUAUGAUAAAAAUUACUAUUUUAAUUGUUUAUUGUAAGUUUUACUGAGGGAAUUAUUUUUCAACUAUUGCACACGGAAGUAGCAUUUUCGAUAAAGUUUUAUGUAAAUCUGUAUUUAGAGUCUUAAGCGAGUCAUGGUCAGUUUUACGAAAGUCUAAAGCGAGAGUCCCAUAAGAUCUCUUAAACAAAUCUGUUGCAAUUGGCUAAGGUAGUUGCGUAAGACCCAGUACAUGAAAUUGAAUUUACAGUAAUAAUUACAAUAUAUUAUGGAAAUGGUUCCCAUAUUGAAUGGUAACUGGCUUUUUAAAAUAUCUAUUAUAGGAAUGGCGCCCAUACAAAUUAUGUUAACCAUUCUCAUCUAUAUGGGUAAUUCCUGUAUAAUUAUAGUAAUCACUUCCAUACUUCUACGGUAACUGUUACCAUGUAUUAUAGUAACAAUCCCCAUGCUUUAUGGUAAAAGUUACUGUAAAUUAUGGUAUUGGUUAUCAUCAUAUUACGGUAAUCAUUCCCAUAACAUGAGGGAUUUCUAAAUGUUACGGUAAUCAUUACAAUGUCAGGCUAAUAUUCCACAUAUAUUACAGGAGUGGUUACCAUGAUAUAUAUAGGAUUACAAACCUAGGAACCGUUCCAAUGUGGAUAUAGAAUUCAUUACUAUGUGAUUAUGGAAACUAUUCCCAUGAGUAUGGUAAUCAUUACCGUGAUUCAAUUACUAGGAAUGAUUUUUGUGACUUAUUUUUUAAUCUGUUGUUUUCAUUCUCUAAUGCCCAAUUUGAUAAAUUAUUUUUCAGUCUUCAUAUUAAUGACUUUAUUGAUCUUUAACUGAUUAUCUAUUUAUUAUAGAAAUUUAUUCGUGCCCAACGUUUCGUGCAUAGUAUGCCUAUGGUAGAACUAUUUGUUGCCACUGCUCCAUUUUUGACUAUUUAAUACUUUAUUUUGAUGAGUAAAAAAUUAUAAAAAAGUUACAUUGCACGGAAAAAAUGAAUAAUAUCGUUGCGCAUUGUACAGACUAUUAUAUUUUAUAAACUCAAGAGUCCAAAACUUGCCUUAAAGUAGCCAAAAGCGAUACCUCUACUCGAUUGUAUCAUCGAGACCUGAAGUACUUACUGUGAAUUGUUAACAUUAAUCAAUAAUUCUCAAAAUUUUCUUUUAAUCUGUACAACGUUCCAUAAAUAAAUAAUUUAAUCAGUAUACAUAAAUUUUUUGAUUAGUACAGAAUACGUAUACUUAUUUUAUAAUCAUUUUUAAUGUUUAUAAAUUACUUACAAUGCUAGGAGAACUUAAAUUGUCAAUAUAGAUGUUAUUUUUUAUAAAUUGAUAUACAUUUGUAGUGAGAAUGAAAUUUUUUCGCUCAAAAAUACUGCGUUAUAACUCAACUUUAUUUAUUGUGUUCACUCUAUAAAUGAGUAUUUCUUGCUGUAAAGCAUUUUCCAAGUAAAAAUGUGCAACACUACAAUUUUACAGGUCAUCGUUAAUGUAACUUAAAAUUAUAAUUGAUAAGUAAUGAUAUAUUAAAUGAAUAACGAAAUAUUUUUCUAUUAUAAAAAAUAAAUGUAAAAUAUAUUUCCAUAUUAUUUUUACCUGUAAAUAAUUAAAGUAUAAUUGUACU